AUUUUUUACAAUGGGGAACCUCUUAUCCUCUCUAUUCGACCGCCUUUUCGGCAAAAAAGAGGUGCGUAUUCUUAUGGUCGGUCUUGACGCAGCCGGAAAAACUACUAUCUUAUACAGAUUGAAACUUGGAGAGAUUGUUACAACAAUACCCACCAUCGGUUUUAAUGUGGAAACAGUGGAAUAUAAGAAUAUCAGUUUUACUGUAUGGGAUGUUGGUGGUCAGGAUAAGAUCCGACCUUUGUGGAGACACUACUUCCAAAAUACACAGGGUCUGAUUUUUGUUGUUGAUAGCAAUGAUCGGGAGAGGAUAAAUGAAGCACGAGAGGAACUCAAUCGUAUGCUCAGCGAAGAUGAGCUCCGGGAUGCGGUGCUUCUUGUCUUUGCUAAUAAGCAGGAUUUGCCGAAUGCUAUGAAUGCUGCUGAGAUAACAGAAAAACUUGGCCUACAUAAUCUCCGCUGCAGGACUUGGUACAUUCAGGCGACGUGCGCAACUGGUGGAGGCGGCCUAUAUGAAGGUCUCGACUGGCUUAGCACCACACUUAGCAAAAAUAGCAAGAAGUAA